CGUAAUAAACAUCUGCGAUCUGUUGUGCUGAACUUUCAGUAGCCUUGUAAUGUUGACAAAAACAUUAGAAUUUUUAAUUUAGUUUUUAAGUAAUAUUUUGGGAAGGAUGGAGAAGAAGAGUGACCAAGGACUGGACAUAUUAUCCGGGCGUGUAGCAAUGCUGGAGAAACUUGUCGUAGAAUUGGCGAAAUGGAUCCAGUUCGAUUUGAACACAUUUGCUGGGCGACAAAUGGACGACGACAAUGACGAUGAUGAUUAUUACGUCAAGAAAAUAUUCCGAUCAGAAAAACGAUCAAAUACACGACCUUCGACAUUACACAAUGUUACAUCGACUGAAAAUAAGAAAUCCAUUACUGGUCGUCGUCACGUAGCUAGCAAAUCGCCAACCAGUCGAAAACUCACUGCACGGAAAUCGACCGCUGGUGGGAGUCGAAAAAAUGCCCUUUCUUCUGGACAGGAUAAUUUGUCUCCUCCUUCUCAUCCAAAACUUGAAUUGGUCACCAUCAUGCCGGACAAGGACAUUAAGACUGAACCCGUUCACGUUGAAUAUGAAAAUUUUGUGAAGGUCGAAAAAUCAGAUAAUGAUGGUGAUUACUACUUUGUUCCACAAGGAUCCGACCUGGAUAGUGACGACAGCUUUAACCAAAAUGUGAAAGACAAAAAGAGAAAGCAACGGACGAAUAUAAAAACUGAAAUAAGUAAAGCACCACAAUCCCAUCCUGGCAAACCGCGCUUCCGGUAUUAUGCUCCUUUACGCGUUAUUCCAUCCACAGUGACCAAGGAUCUCAACCCAGUAAUUAAAUUGGACAACCUAACGCUUCGUGAACUCGAGCAAAUGUCUAUCAAAGUUCCACCGCCACGAAGAACACUCUUACGCGGUCCACACAAAUGUCCAAAUUGUGAUACAAUAUUGCACACAAGGCGAAAAUGGGAAGCGCACCAAAGGAAAUUUCACACGGAAAAGAAAACAAGCAAGACUAAAAUUCAAUGUUCGUAUUGUCCUAAAUCGUUUCGUCACAAAAGCAGAUUUCUCAUUCAUGAGAGAGGACACACUAAGGAAAAGCCAUUUCUCUGCUUCCGUUGUGGCCAUACGUCGAAAACGCUGCAAAUGUUAAAUUCUCACAUCAGCUUAAUUCAUCCCAACGUACCGCGUGAGAAGAGGUUCAAGUGUGACCAAUGUGAAAGACGCUUCUUAAGUCAGGCUGGAUUGUACAAACACGUCAAAAAGGAGCAUGGCGCAGAUGGAAAAAAUGAAUUGGCUGUCCAAUGUCAUCUUUGCACAGUUGUCGUUUCCGAUUCUGGCAAGUUGAAACGACACAUUGCAGAUAUCCACGAAAACCGGAGAACAUUAGCAUGUCACCUUUGCGGUCAAUUAUUUAAGCGACCCCAACAUUUGAAGAAGCACAUCAUCCGGCACGACAAUCCCCACCGGAGGAGGAGAGGGGAACAAAAACCCGUGUUGAGGAAGGGCACAGUCCUCCUCCCAAAAGCAGAAGAUGUCGUGGAACAUGGGAACAUCAGUGGUGGGAACGUGUCGUCGCUGAGGUUGCUGGUCAUGGAAGAAGAUCAGGCUCCAGCACCAAGUAAGGAAGUCACCGUUAUUACGACAACACUGGCGACGUUGAAAACUCCCGAAGAAGAAGAAGAAUACGUCCAGUAUCAUCAUCGUCAUCUGCACGGUGGCGACCAGGAGGAAGGUGAAUUAUUUAUAUCGGGCAAUCUGGAUUCCCGACCACAGGAGGACAGGAUUAUAGUGGAACAACAACUACUGCUACAAGUGGAAACACUGGCAGAUUUGCAGCAAUAGAACAGACUGACUCUUUAUUAUGUGUAAACUUAUUUUGUAUAAAUGCAAACAUUUUUAUUUGGGUCAUUAGUUUGAAAUUAAUUGUACAACUAUUUUUUAGCAAAUAAAUAUUUUAUUACUUGAUACUAUUAAAAGACUGAGUCAAUUAAGAAUGCUUGGGUUACCCGAUGACAAUUUAUCAUGUUUCUAUUACCGAUUUUUAACCAAACAUGUACCAUAAUUUAAAGAUGAAAUUAAACGCCGACCAGACCGUGGAUAUUGACGUGGACAGAGUCAAUCGUUUCGUAAGCCUUCUGAAAGUGAUUCUUAUAGUCGAGGCCAGUAAAUGUUUUCAAAAAUUACAAGUCAGUCUAAGUCGGGUACUUUCAAAAUGCCGGAUUUUAUAAUUUGUUGCAAAUUGUAUGCAAA